AUGGCCUUCCUGAAACGACGUGGUUAUAAAUUUCAUGUUGAUUUGGAACUUCUACAUUUAAGUGAUGUACCACUGGUUAAUGCUGUCCUUUUUGCUAAGGUCCGCUUGUUGAAUGGUGGUGCAUUUGAAGGUGUAACGGAACGUGUUCAAGUUUUCAAUCAUUCAGCUAAUUGGAAUAGUCACUUCAAUUUCUCAUGUCGAAUUGCACCGGAUCCUUUGACGGGUGUCCUUGAAAGAUGUGCAUGCAGAAUUUCGCUUCGUAAAGAGCAAAAGGGUGGGAAAUCUUAUUCGAAACUUGGCUUCGUCGACAUCAACUUGGCGCAAUUUGCUGCAUCGGGUGUUGAAGGGAUUGCUCGUUCAUAUCUGUUAGAUGCUUAUGGAGUAAAUCAACGCCAGGAUAAUUCCAGGAUUUUGAUUAAAGUUACAAUGAGUCACCAAAGUGCGGACCCAAUUUUUAAAGUACCACGAAUCGAAUCGUUAUCAGAGGAGCUAAUAUUGAAUCCAAUGAAUAGGAAGGCGCCACCAAACGAUGACUAUCUUUCACAGAGAAAACAGGGAGAUACCGAUUCUGCUGAUUCAUCAUCCGUAGAAGAUAUAUCCCAGUGUCAUGAUGACAGUUCCUUUGCAAUCUCAGCAACAUCUACUGGUAUUUGCCUUGAUCAUUAUGCAGCAGAAAAUUCAUUCAAGAGCAGUAGCCUGAAGAAAUCCGAUGUAGUACGGCGAUAUAUUAAUACAGCUCUGGCACAGUCUAGGAGGUUAAGUCAAGACAGAUCUCAGAUGGCUAAAAAUACUGAAUGUGCGAAUGAAACAGCUACAAGGAUACGCGCUACACGUGUAGAUGCGGAGGAUUUGAUUGAUCGUAUGUUACAAGAAACAGUUAUCAGUGAUAAUGGAUUUGAAGAUCGAUCCGCUGAUAGAGGAUUAGCACUUUUUGUAUCAAGAAAUGGUGAAGCAGUUGUUGGUGCAAAUAUGUUGCCCACAGAUUCAUUUGAACGUGUUCAUAUAUCAUCGGAUGUAGGCUCACCCUUAUCUAACGGUUGA